AUGACAGCCACGGGAGGACAGGUCUAUGUCCUCACAGGAGCAAAUAGAGGACUCGGUCUCGGACUCACCAAAGCACUGCUUGGUCGUCCAGGAAAUAUUCUCGUGGUGUCCGUUCGCAACCCUGAGGCAGCCGCUACCCUCAAGUCGGACGUCAGAAAUGUCACCGUAGGGAAAGACAGUGUUCUUCAUAUCAUCGAGCUGGACUUCAGCACCGCCAUUCCCCCACAAGAGAUCUUCCAAGCCGUCACCACGAUCAGUCCCACGAUUUCCCACAUCGAUGUCUUAAUUUGCAACGCUGGAUUCGCUGCCCCCAUGACCCGCGCUAGUCUCACUUCAGCGGAGGACCUACGCACUUCGUUUGAAGUCAAUACCAUCGCCCCUCUCAUGGUCUUUCAGGCAUUUUGGCCUCUGAUGAAAAAGUCCCAUUCUUCCCCUAAGCUUGUGGUGAUUUCAUCGUCUGUCGGGUCAAUCGCGGAACAAGAGCCUGUUCCCGGAGGUGCCUACGGUCCCAGUAAAGCCGCAUCCAACUGGAUUACCAAAGCGCUUCAUUCUGAAAAUGAAGCACAUGGUCUUGUCGCAUUCGCACUCCAUCCGGGCUGGGUGCAGACGCGUGCUGGAGAAUUUGUAGCAAAGGAGUGGGGAUAUUCUGGUAGCCCACCUGUCACUGUUGAGGAGAGCGUGACGGGAAUGUUGAAGGUGAUCGAUGAAGCGACGAGAGAAAACUUCUCUGGUAAAUUUGUGACUCAGACUGGAGAGAUAUUGCCCUGGUAG